AUGUCUAAAGGAAAGUUUUCAUCGAGCGAUAACUAUCAGGGGCUUCAAGAAGCUAUCGAGGCUAUUAUGAGAGAAGAUGGUUCAGAUGUAGAGGUAGAUUUAGUUGCUCUGCCUCCGGAACCUAGUGUUCUCACUGAUGAAGAGGAAGGCGACGAUGACAAAAUCAUGACCAAUGAUUUUCCUAAGGACAUACCGGGAAAUGUUGAAGUUUUUAUCAACAGGAAUGAUGAUGAAUGGGAUAGUAGUGAUGAAGAACUUUUAGCGACGACUGCAGCAAAGAAAAGACGAACCGAUAACCUUCCAGGUCCUCGUUGGCGUAAAUGCCACCCUACCUAUGAUUCCAUAAUAUUUGAUGAAAAUAAUGUCCAAGAAAGACGCGAAAAGAUGGUUAGCGAUCUAAAAGACCUAAAUCCUGUUGCAAUUUUUGAAAAAAUGUUUGAUAACGAGAUAAUUUCCAUGAUCAUUCAAAAUUCUAAAUUGUAUUCCGCACAAAAAAAUAAGCAUGAUUUUGAUAUUACAGAAGAACAAUUGAAAACAUUUUUAGGCAUCCUUCUUCUAACCGGUUAUCACACUUUACCUAGGGAGCGUCUUUACUGGUCUUUGGAUGAGGAUUGUAACGUACCCAUUGUAUCUAAAGCAAUGACUAGAAACCGUUUCUUAGAGAUAAAAAAGUUCCUUCACUUUUGUGACAAUGAAGUCGCUGCUGAGACAUCGGAUAAAAUGUUCAAAAUACGACCUCUUGGUGAUAUACUCAUGAAAAAAUAUAUGCAAUGGGGAAUCUUUCACACAAACUUGUCCAUCGACGAAUCAAUGAUCAAAUACUUCGGUCGUCAUCCUUCAAAACAGUUCAUUCGCGGAAAGCCCGUACGUUUCGGAUAUAAAAAUUGGAUGGUUUCUAGCGCGGAUGGAUACUGUUAUGCUUUUGAUAUUUAUUGCGGCAAAUCACCCUCUACUAAUAUUGUCAACAAUGAACCAUUAGGAUCCAGGGUUGUAAAAACUUUGCUAAACAAACUGGGUGCAGAUCCUAAAGAUCAUAUUGUAUUUUUUGAUAACUUUUUUACAAGUUUUGGAUUGCUACGCGAAUUACGUGAAACGGGUUAUCGUGCAACUGGGACUGUCCGAGAAGGACGAACUGGAAAAUGUCCUCUAAUACCUAUCAAGGAAAUGAAGAAAAAAAACCGCGCUGAAUAUGACUACCGAUUUGACACUACGAAUAAAAUAUUGUUUGUUCGUUGGCUGGACAAUAGCGUCUGCACAAUGGGAACUAAUUAUGAUAGUGUGCUACCGUUAGGCAAAGUGAAACGUUGGAGUUCAGCUGAGAAGAAAAAGACCGAUGUAGACAUUCCCCAAGUAUUCGUCAGCUAUAAUAAAGGUAUGGGUGGUGUUGACCAAGCUGAUCAAUCAAUAUCUUUAUAUCGUACUUCUAUUCGAGGCAAAAAGUGGUGGUGGGUACUGUUUACCUACAUGCUUGAUUUGACAGUUAGCAAUUGCUGGCGUUUGCACACACUUUGUAAUGAUGUAAAGAUGGAUCAGCUGCAGUUUAGACGAAGCAUUGCUCGCCACUACUUGCGACAAGAAACAGAUCGCCGUUCACGUCCAACGGCUUCCAUAGUUCCUAGUCUACAGUUCGAUGGGAUUGGCCACUUUCCACAGAAGUUGAAUAAACAACUGCGAUGCACCGUAUGUCACAAUAAAGCUCGUUGGCAGUGUAAGAAAUGUAUCAAAACGUUAUGUAUCGAAAAACUUUGUUUUGAAACUUUUCAUACUGAAUGA